GUGGGAACUGAGGCAGACGGACUGCAGUGACUGUUUUGCACUGAACUUUGACCAGAAACGUUCAUGAUCUUCAAACUGUGAACUUGAAAGUGAAAGCAAACUGACAGCAGUUAUUGCUAACAAGUGUCUGCUGGUAACAAUGGCAUCUACAUCUUUUUCCGAAGAUGACUAUACCUGUCCUGUGUGCUGUGACAUCUUCAAGGACCCUGUUGUCCUCUCAUGCAGUCAUAGCAUCUGUAAAGUCUGUCUGCAGCAGUUCUGGGAAACUAAAGGAUCCAGAGAAUGUCCAGUCUGCAGGAGGAAAUCAUCAAUGGAACAUCCUCCAGUCAGUCUGACACUAAGGAACCUGUGUGAGACCUACUUACAGGAGAGAAGUCAGAGAGCUUCAGCAGGGUCUGAGGUGCUCUGCAGUCUGCACAGUGAGAAACUCAAGCUCUUCUGUCUGGAAGAUAAACAGCCUGUGUGCAUGGUGUGUCGAGACUCCAAAAAACACACUGGGCACAGAUUUCACCCUCUUGAUGAAGCAGCCCCUGACCAUAAGGAGGAGCUCAAGAUCAAACUGCAGCCCUUACAGAAGAAACUGAAGACCUUUGAGGAGACUAAAGUGACCUGUGAUCAAACAGCAACACAUAUCAAGACACAGGCCCUAAACACAGAGAAGCAGAUCAAGGAGGAGUUUGAGAAGCUUCACCAGUUCCUACAAGAUGAAGAGGCCGCCAGGAUAGCUGCACUGAGGGAGGAAGAGGAGCAGAAGAGUCAGAUGAUGAAGAGGAAGAUAGAGAAGAUGAGCAGAGAGAUCUCAUCUCUUUCAGACACAAUCAGAGCCAUAGAAGAGCAGAUGGGAGCUGAUGACAUCACAUUCCUGCAGGAAUGUUAUUCCAGAGCCCAGUGCACACUGCAGGAUCCAGAGAGGGUUUCAGGAGCUCUGAUCAAUGUGGCAAAGCACCUGGGCAACCUGAAGUUCAGAGUCUGGGAGAAGAUGCAGGAGACUGUUCAGUACACUCCUGUGACUCUGGAUCCCAACACUGCACCCCCACAACUCAUCCUGUCUGAGGAUCUGACCAGUGUGAGACGUGGUGAUGAGAGACAGCAGCUUCCUGAUAACCCAGAGAGGUUUGAUAAGUGUUACAGUGUGCUGGGCUCUGAGGGCUUUAACUCAGGAACUCACUGCUGGGAUGUGGAAGUUGGGGAGAACACAGGGUGGUUUGUGGGUGUGAUGACCGAGUCUCUCCAGAGGAAGGGAGACAUGACCUCCAUGAGUGGAAGCUGGUUUGUGUGGUAUAAAGAUGGUGCAUAUGGAGCACUUGCUCCUCCUCAGCCCCCCACUCGCCUCAAAGUGCAGCAGAAACUCCAGAGGAUCAGAGUGCAGCUGGACUGGGACAGAGGAGAGCUGUCAUUCUCUGACCCUGAUAAUAACACACACCUACACACUCUCACACACACUUUCACUGAGAGAGUGUUUCCAUUCUUAAAUACUACACUACCUCUGAGGAUGUUACCAGUGAAGACUGCAGUUACUGUAGAGCAACUCAGGUAGAGUCCACACAAGUGCUGCUGCUUUGGGCUGCUGGAUGUAGAUGGAGGAAAACACAUGGGCUCAGCAUUGAUGCCCAAUAGAUGUU